GUACUGUACGUUUGCGUCACUCGGCCUUCUUUCCCUUUCGCAGCAACAAGUUACGACAGGGUGAUUGAAGUAUGUAACUUAGUCUAUUUUGAUUCAAGCUAACUUUCGCUAGGCCACAGGCUCACGGAGAUCGACCAAGUAGGCUACUUUACCAAGAAAGCAAAGGGAAGGAAAACAAUCCACUUGUGUCUUCCAGCCAAGAUCCUCACUUGUGUUCACUGAGGUCAUGGCACCCACUCUGUAUGAUGAGAAGCCAGAGAUUGGGGACCUGAUAGAGAUCUUCAGAGGAACGUAUCAGCACUGGGCCGUGUACAUUGGAGAUGGAUGUGUCAUUCAUGUGGCACCCUCCUCUGAAGAGGCACGCGGUGGAUCCCGCAGCAUGAUGUCUGUGCUGUCCGACAGGGCUGUCAUAAAGAAGGAGGAAUUGUGGGAUGUUGUGGGAACGGACCAGUACAGCAUCAACAAUCGCCUGGAUAAUAAGUACGAGCCGCGGCCGGCACACGUGAUCCAGCGGGAGGCCCACAGGCUCCUGGGCCAGGAGGUGCCGUUCUGCGUGUUCCAAGGGAACUGCGAGCACUUUGCCACGGAGCUGAGAUAUGGCAAGGCUGAGUCACGUCAGGUGCACCGUGCUGUUGAAGUUGGCGUGGGGGUCGGUGUAGCUGCAAUGGUGGGAAUGGGUGUUCUAGCUGCAGCCGCAGCCUUCUUUGGAAGUGGAAGCAAAGAGAGGAAAAACAAGAGCUAAAUAGAAAAGCCUACUGUAUCUGCCUUCAGGGGAACGCACUCUAACACCAGCAGGCCUUACAGAACUAAAUGUGAAAAAGACCACAAAUCCACUACUGAAAUAUGAUGGGCUGAAAUAUUUAGCAGAAAAAAGAAAAGGUUUUUGUAAAUAAACAAUUUUAUCUCCGAUUGUAGGUACAGCCACAAUGCAGUGAGCCAUUUAGAAGCAAAUUGCUUUCCAGCAAAUUGCUGACUGAUUUAUUUUCAGUUUUAGUAAUGUGCUCAAAAUUGCACAAGUAUUGCUAUUGUUUGGUGAGUGAAGACAUUUCUACCCACAGCCUUUACAAGGGGUGUGUAUUAUUUGCACUGUUUUACACUUGAAUGCCAAGAUUGGUCUUAUUCAGGUGUAUUUAAAUAAAUAUAAGCCAGCAUUCUGUGUGCAAACAGACUUUUAUUUUUAGUUUAGUUUGUGAUGCUUUUAUCGAAAUCAGCUAGUUAUUUCUCACAGUGAUCUAUCUGUACAGCGUGAGUUCAAGAGCUCAGGUGCUCACACAGUGGUGCAUUUCACUGAUUUCCAAAAUAUGAAUAUUUUCUUUAUCACUAUGUUCAGUGUGUCACAAUGCUUGCACAGUGGCACAGUGUCCAACACGAGUGUUCUGCUGAGAGAUGCUCUGCUCUCAUUCUGCAUAUGAUCUUAAAAAUAAAUGUAAUCAGAUCCCUUUUGAA